AUGUCGUCCGCUCGCUUCGACUCUUCGGACCGCUCGAGCUGGUACUUCGGUCCGGUCUCCCGGCACGAGGCUCAGUCCCGGCUGCAGGGACAGCGGCACGGGGUCUUCCUGGUUCGAGACUCGUCCACCUGCCCCGGAGAUCACGUGCUGUCCGUCUCCGAGAACUCCCGGGUCUCCCACUACAUCAUCAACUCCCUGCCCGGCCGCCGCUACAAGAUCGGGGACCAGGAGUUCGACAACCUGCCUGCACUGCUCGACUUCUACAAGAUCCAUUACCUGGACACCACCACCCUCAUCGAGCCGGCCCCCAGUGCAGGAUCGGCCCCCAAUGUUGUUGCAUCAGAGGAAAACUUGGAAUAUGUACGAACUCUGUAUGACUUCCCUGGAAAUGAUGCGGAGGACCUUCCUUUUAAAAAGGGAGAAAUUUUAAUAAUUGUAGAAAAGCCAGAGGAACAAUGGUGGAGUGCCCGGAACAAAGACGGUCGUGUUGGUAUGAUACCUGUACCCUACGUUGAAAAGCUAGCACGUGUACCAGUUCAUGGCAAAAUGGGAAACAGGAAUUCGAACAGCUAUGGUAUACCAGAGCCCGCACAUGCCUACGCUCAGCCGCAGACUCCCAGCCCGCUCCCUACCUCUGAGAAUGGACCUGUCUAUGCUAAAGCUAUUCAGAAAAGAGUGCCAUGUGCUUAUGACAAAACUGCUCUUGCAUUAGAGGUGGGCGAUGUGGUGAAAGUGACUCGGAUGAAUAUUAAUGGCCAAUGGGAAGGAGAAGUGAAUGGUCGAAAAGGGCUUUUCCCCUUCACACAUGUGAAAAUUAUUGACCCUCAGAAUCCGGAUGAUAAUGAGUGA